CUCUCCUUCUCCCUUUCCUUCUCUCUCUUUGUCCAGCUUCUCAGAGCUUUUAAAACAAACGUAUCAAUGGCUGUUGAAGCGUCUACAAAACGUCCCAGAGGAUCUCAGUACCUUGACACAGACGCUAACUUCGCGCCAACUGUUAAACGGAGGUCCGGCGCGUUUGGUUUAUCAUCAUCGUUGAUAAACGUUGAACUCUUAUGUCAGAUUCAAAACCAGCAACAAUUGGAGAUUGAUAGGUUCGUAGCUCAGCAAACGGAGAAGCUUAAAAUAGAUAUUGAAGCACGUCAGCGAACGCAAACGAUGAUGCUAGCGUCUGCGGUUCAAAACGCGAUAGCCAAGAAGGUAAAAGAGAAAGACGACGAAAUCGUACGGAUAAGAAACAUUAACUUAGUUUUACAAGAGCGAGUCAAGAGUCUCUAUGUUGAAAACCAAAUCUGGCGCGAUAUCGCUCAAAGCAACGAAGAACACGCUAACAACCUUAGAACAAACCUCGACCAAGUUCUGGCUCAAAUGGAAACGUUACAAACCGUAGCAACCGCUGUAGAAGACGAUGCCGAAUCUAGCUGCGGAAGUUGGGUUGAAGGUGGUGAAGCUAUAAGGGCGGUUAGUAGCGGUUGCAAGCGGUGCGGUGAGAGAGAAGGGAGUGUGUUGGUGUUACCUUGUCGUCAUUUGUGUUUGUGUACGGUUUGUGGUUCGGCUUCGUUACGAACUUGUCCGGUUUGUGGUUCGGUCAUGAACGCUAGUGUACAUGUUAACAUGUCUUCUUGACCGUCUAGAAGUUUUA